AUGUCUUUUCAUUUUUCAUCGUAUUUUGAUUUAUUCUGUCGAGGCUUAUAUGACGCAGUACGGAAUUCAUUUAAUGUGUUGACAAUCGAUGAUGAUUUUAGUAAAAAAUCAUCAGAGAGAACUUCUACUAAACAACAUCCACAUCAACCAAAACCUAAAAAUAGUUCUUCAUCAUCAUCGGACACAAAACGUGUGAAAUCAAACUUAGCGCUUCUAUGUUUGUUCAAUGGUGGCAUACUUCUGUGUGGCAUGCUUUGUUUCAAUUAUCUUUUUCUACCUAUAUUUCGUCGACUAUUUAAUACAUUAGCUGGAUUAGAUUCAUCAUCAUCAUCUACGCCAUUGCUAAUCAUACAACAUGUAUUAACUUAUACAUUUAAUUUUCUAUGGCUUAUACCAGCAUUUGUCAUAUCGAAAUUUGUUAAUUCAUAUUGGUUUCGAGAUAUAGCUGAUGUUGUCUAUAAAAAAUUAACAAAUCAAAAUAAAACCUUACCAGCAUUAACAUUUUCACGUUCAAUUAGUGAUAUAACAUUUAGUUUAGUUAUGCAAGUAUUUUUUGUUAUACAAUCAACAUUAAUAUUACUUAUACCUGUUCCUAUACUUAAUACGAUAUUCGGUAAUAUAUGUCUUUGUUUACUCUAUUCCUUUUAUGCGUUCGAAUAUGCGUGGAUAUACGCUAAUUUAAAUGUUAAACAACGCGUUGAACGUAUUGAGUCCUAUUGGCCCUAUUUUCUUGGUUUUGGUUUUCCGUUAACAAUACUUUCAACACAACUUUUUAAAUCAGUUAUUGUUAAUGAAUGUAUUUUUUCGAUCUUAUUUCCAUUUGCGAUUGUUGCAGCAACAUCAGUUAAUUUUAAAGAGCGUGUUCAAAUAGAACAAACACCACAAUCGAAUAUUGUUACAUUGAAUAUAUUCGCUGGUUGUAUUCGUUUAACAAGUCGUCUAUUUGAUAUGCUCAAAACGAACCAUCCUUCAACUACAGUUCAAUGA